AUGGAAGCUUCACCAAUAACAGUGGCCGUUGUUCAUACUCCAUACUGGAAUAUUUCAGAUGUCGCUUUCCUCAGAGACGGACCGCACAACGUCUUGGUACCUGCACUUCUUUACCUCCGAGCCUCCGACAUUGAAACGACACGUUCUUCACCUCGAUCGUCGCACCGCCCCGGCGAACGAAAGAGAAAACGACCUCACAGUAGUCAUGGCGACUCAUCUGAGCAGCCUGUUCACCAGUCUUCCCGCGACUCAGAGGCAGAGCUUUCAAACUCAUCGCCCUGCUCAGUGGGCUCCGACGAUUCAUCCUGCCAGCAUGAUAGGGAUCCCUCAAACAUUCUUCACAAACUGAACAUGACGGAGCACGAGCGCCUACUACUCCAUGAUCUUGAGAACGAGAUAAGGCAAGACGAGUAUUACGGCUCGGCGCGAUCAACACCCAGUUUCACACCCGCAUCCAAGAGAAGGAGACAUGAUGGCGAGGCCCUGAGAGUGAGGGAACAGCAGUCGCCAGAAGAAGAGAAGGAUGAAUAUGAGCGGUGGCUGAUGCGACAUAUAGCCGUUCACAACAGGCUCAACAACCCGCGCGGAUCCCCCAUCGCAGUCCGAGGAGCUCAUCUAAAGUCGGUCACCCUGAUCAUCGACGAUGUGCAGGAAGAACACCAAACCCGAGCUUUACCCCGCCAAGAUUGUAAGAAAGACUGGGUCGACUUUGCCGAGCUCGAAGGCCCUAAUCUUGAAGGGGACGAGACUACGAUUCAUCCUAAUGACAUCCAGGAUAGUCAGUUCAUUCGCUUACAGUGGUUGAAGGAAAGGAAGAGGAACAGUCAGAACAAGCAACGAUUAAUGAGAGGGGUGAUGUUCUUUUACAGACGGCCUGGGUUUAAGUGAAUGGUGCAGCCUCUUGCGGAUGAGUGAAAUAUUUUUCAGGGAAAGGUUGACCGCGGACAGUUGCCAUUAAGGAUGGCUUUGUGCUGGGAGACUGAUAGUUUACGAGAGCAAUUACCGGAUUUCCA